GUUCGUUGUGUCGUCCUCCUCCCCAGCCACUACUAGUACUGUCUCCAGCUUCUCUUCCGGGCCCAAUCGCCGCGCGGCUUGGCUCGCCACUGCUCUACACACCGACCGCCACUCGGACUGCAUCACAGUGCCCGCGCCCACUUCAUCGCAACUCUACCUUUCCUGCCCUACAAGGCCGCACUGCACCUUAUCCCAUCCACCACUUCCUUUUUUUUCCCUUUGUCUCAGUUCGCCUUGCCCCCUUUCAAAGCUCACUCCCCCGCCUCUCGGCCACCACCUAUCGCGGCAGACGAAUUAGGUAGAGAGAAGAAGCGAAAGCGACCAGCACAAGAAGAAGCCAAGGCGCCGGCACCAUGGCGGGCUAUCCACCUCAGCACUAUGCUGCUGCCGCUGCUCCAGCCCCACACUAUGCUCCCUACCACAUGCAUGCUGGGUCGGUGCCCAGCCACCACUACGCUUCGGGCUCUGCUCCCUAUCCGCCCUACCAGCCCCCGCCCAACAGCGGGGCCGUCCAACAGCAGCAGCAGCAGCAGCAGCAGCAGCUUGUUGCCAAUGGUAUCGCAGAGCAGCAGCGCUACGAAGCACAGCUAGCCGCUGCCCAUCCCAGUGGUGGCUUUGGACCUGGCCCUCUAGGCCACGGCCCAGCAGCAUCUUCGCAGUCCAUCCACGCACAUCAUCACCAACAGCAGCAGCAACAGCAGCAGCCGCAGUCACAACAUCAGCUCCAGCACCCGGCUAACUACGCACCCUCCCAUCCCCGUGACUACGCCGCACAACCGCACCAGGCUGCUCCUCGCCGGGGAGGAGGAGGGGGAGGGG